AUGUGUACUCGCUGCAGGAGGGAUAAGAAGGUACCAAAAGUUUGGUCAGGUGAGAAUAAUAUGGAUCCAAUGGCUGUUCCCGAGAUUUUGUCUGACAUGUCAGAUGCUGAACAGAUGCUGAUAGCCAGGCUAGCACCUACCGUACAUGUACACUUACUGAAGCAUGGAGGUAUCGCUUCAAAGGGGCAUUGCAUUGCAUUCCCACAGGCUGUGCAAGAACCGGCAACUAUUCUUCCACGACUACCGGCAGAGGUGGAUAUCAUAUGCGUGAGAAGACAAGGAAAAGAUGAUACCCAUAAGGACUUCAGGGUUAGAAGACACCGUGUUGAGGGAGCGCUUUGUUGGUUGAAGGACAACAAUCCUGCCUAUGGUGAUGUUGUUAUUGAUGGUGCUCGAAUAGAGAAUUUGCCUGAAGAUGGGGAGUUGCCCAAUUUGAGAACUGUUGAGUUUUCUGAAACAGAACGGGUAGAUGACCAAGGGCCGGCUCCACAGCAAUUGGAUGCUGGAGAAAGAGAUUGUACUGAUGACUCUACAGUCUCUGGAGUAAUUCUUCCUGAGCCUGGAGUUAACGUACAAGCACAAGUUGAAGCAGCCAUAAAUGAAGUUGUGUCAGAACCUAGGGAGGGUGAAGCAGAAAAUACACAACGAAGAGUGGAACGACCAGUCAUUCCU